GGAGGACACCAGGCUCUGGGCUAUUCAAGAAAAAGCGCGUUUCCCUUCUGCGGGAGAGGGACAUUAAAAUAAAGCACACUCGACCCGAGAAGAGCAGCUGAGGAGAGAUUCCGCGCUUUGAGAUGCUUUAGUGGUUUCACCGGACUCAUGGCUUCGCUUUACCAGAGAUUCUCGACGAAGAUUAACACCAACACUUCUUUUCCCCAUCCACCUGAAGCCAGUCAUCUCCUGGGUGGACAGGUUCCCGAGGAGGAGAAUAAGGCUUUGAAGAGUCCUCAUCACCCCUCAUCCCGAACCCCGGUCCAGUACCGCAAGAAAAACGCCUGCGAGGAUGAAGACGAGUUGGUUGGCAGUAGCCCUCCACAGAGGAACUGGAAGGGAAUCGCCAUCGCCCUGCUGGUCAUCUUGGUCAUCUGCUCUCUGAUCGUCACCUCUGUCAUUUUACUCACACCAACGGAGGAUGACAGUCUGGCCUCCAAGAAGAAAGUCACGAUUGAGGACCUCUUCAGUGGGAAGCUCCAGGCACACGACCCUGAGGCUACAUGGAUAAGCGACACGGAGCUGCUCUACAGUACAAAUGACAGCAAUGUGGUGAGACGCAACGUGCUGACCGAUACCUCCAAGAUUUUGGUGAAGAACACGACCUUCGAGAGUUUCAAAAACCAGGGAUCCUACAGACGGAUCACAUACAGAGUGUCUCCUGAUCUAAAAUAUGUGCUGGUGGCUUACAAUAUUGUCCCGCUUUAUCAGUAUUCCUUCACGGCCUAUUACAUCAUCUGCAGCCUUGACUCUCCAGAGAAAGUGGAGCUGACCCCUAAUGAGGUGCAGAACACCGCACUGCAGUACGCUGGAUGGGGUCCCAAAGGACAGCAACUGAUUUUCAUCUUUGAGAAUAACAUCUACUACAAAGCGCAAGUGACCAGCCCAUCAGUCCGUCUGGUGUCCACAGGCAGUCUGGGGGUCGUAUUUAAUGGACUUGCUGACUGGCUCUAUGAAGAGGAGAUCUUCCAGAGUCACAUCGCUCACUGGUGGUCACCAGAUGGUCUCAGACUGGCAUAUGCCACCAUCAAUGACACUCUGGUGCCCAAGAUGGAGUUACCCAUGUUCACAAACGCACUGUAUCCCAGCGGACAGGAGUACCGCUACCCUAAAGCUGGGGAAGAGAACCCUGAUAUCUAUUUGUCAGUGGUGAGUCUGAACGGCCCUUUACACACAGUGAGGAUGAGGAAACCAGAAGACCCCAGAAUCAGGAAAGAUUACUACAUCACCAUGGUGAAGUGGGCAACCAGCACCAAACUGGCAGUAAACUGGCUGAACCGAGCGCAGAACAACUCCAUCCUGACCUUGUGUGAGGCCACCACAGGCAUCUGCACAAAGAAACAUGAAGAUGAGAGUGACAGCUGGCUUCACAGACAGAACGAAGCCCCGCUGUUCUCCAGAGACGGACACAGGUUCUUCUUCACCCGAGCCGUUCCACAGGGCGGCCGAGGGAAGUUCUUCCACAUAGCCAUGUCUACUUCCCAGCCCAACAGCAGCACAGACACACUACAGUCGCUGACAUCAGGAGACUGGGACGUGACGGAGAUAUUAGCGUACAAUGAGGAAACCAAACUUGUAUACUUUUUGAGUACAGAAGACGAUGCAAGACGGCGUCACCUCUACAGCGCCAACACCACAGGAUCCUUCAACCGCCGAUGUCUGUCUUGUAAUUUAAGCUGUGGAUACGUCAGUGGAUCAUUCAGUCCAGAUGCUAACUACUUCCUUCUCAACUGCAAAGGUCCCGGUGUGCCUCACACAGCCGUGUACAGCACCAGAGACGGAGAAUACAAGAAGCUGCUGGAUGUGGAGCUCAAUGAGCAGUUGAACACCACUGUGAACAACACGCAGAUGCCCAAAGUAGAGUACAGAAAGAUCAACAUAGAGGAUUACAGUCUCAACAUCCAGAUCCUGAAGCCAGCAGUGUUUACAGAAACAGCUCAGUACCCCUUACUACUGCUGGUGGACAGCACUCCCGGUGGUCAGAUGGUGACGGAGCAGUUUCUGGUGGACUGGACCACGGUGCUGGUCAGCUCCUUCAACACCAUAGCCGUGCGUCUGGACGGUCGCGGCAGUGGCUUUCAGGGCACAAACCUCCUCCACCGCAUCAAGAAAAAGCUGGGGGAGUUUGAGGAGAGAGACCAGCUGGAAGCUCUUAGAGUGAUAUCACAGGAGCCGUACAUUGACAGCUCAAGAACUGGAGUUUAUGGAAAGGCAUAUGGAGGAUACCUGGCCAGCCGACUAUUACGCUCAGAUGAUAAUCCAAAUAUGUUUAAAUUCAAACUCAAGUGUGGCACGGCCAUCUCUCCCAUCACUGAUUUCUCUUUAUACGCUUCUGCGUUUUCUGAACGCUAUUUAGGAUCACCGCAGGCCAGUAAGAGAGAGUAUGAGAUGGCACGUUUAACAGACCACAUGGAGCAACUGAGGGACAAAAAUCUCUUGAUAAUUCACCCGACGGCUGACGAGAAAGUCCAUUUUCAGCACACGGCCAAAUUUAUCACCCACCUGAUAAAUGAGAAAGCUAAUUAUACAUUACAGAUCUACCCAGAUGAAAGCCACGUCCUCCACUCGAGAGAGUCGCAGCUACAUCUGAGUCAGUCGCUGGUCAACUUCUUUGUGGAGUGUUUCAGACCCCCAGAGAUACCGAUUGAAGAAAAAGUGGAGCAGGACAAUGAGGAUGAUGGUUAGAGUUCUGCUCAGAUCCAGCACAUGCCAGCUUACAGCACAAUAUGCAAACUCCUCCCCCACCCCAUCCCCAUGGUAGUUCUGAUGGCUUCUCUUGAGCCUCUGCAUGGACCACGCCCCUCAACUCUGAUUGGCUCAUGGGAUCCAGGAAAA